AUGGGUAAAUCAUCUCGUACUCGUUACAUGUUCCAAAGGGACUUCAGAAAGCAUGGUGCUGUCUCUUUGACCACCUACUUGAAGACCUACAAGGUUGGUGACAUCGUUGACAUCAAGGCCAACGGUUCCAUCCACAAGGGUAUGCCACACAAGUUCUACCAAGGUAAGACCGGUGUUGUUUACAACGUCACCAAGUCUUCUGUUGGUAUCAUCAUCAACAAGAUGGUCGGUAACAGAUACCUAGAAAAGAGACUAAACAUCAGAGUUGAACACAUCAAGCACUCCAAGUGUAGAGCUGAGUUCUUGGAAAGAGUUAAGGCUAACGCUGCUAAGCGUGUUGAAGCCAAGGCUCAAGGUGUUGCUGUCCAACUAAAGAGACAACCAGCUCAACCAAGAGAAGCCCGUAUUGUUUCCACCGAAGGUAACGUCCCACAAACUUUGGCUCCAGUUCCAUACGAAACUUUCAUUUAA